GGAGGGUGUUGUGGUCAAGGACUUCUCUUCAGUCAGUAGUGGAGGAUUUGCGGUGGAGAACGUUUGGAUGCAAAUAAAUAAGAACAGCAAUAAAAGAAGCAGAGAGGACUGAUCGGAGCAACGAUGCGAUUGGUCAACGUGGCGGGGUCGCGGCUCCGCAGGGCGGCCGAGGAAGAGGAGAGGGAGGAGCGGCCAGCACCUCCACCACCGUCACACCACUCCAACCACCAGUUUGCCAGCAUGAAGAACAAGUUCUUCAAUGAGCUCACACACCUGCCAAAUCAUAAACUCAAGAUGCCCAUGUGGGCCGUGGGUGCCAUCGUGGUCGUGGUUCUUGCCCUCAUCGCCUGCCUGGGAUUCUGCAUCUACAAGAAGUGCAUCAACAAAACCAAAAAGCCCAAGAAGGUCCGCGAGAGGAAAGGAGGACGAGGACGCCGGAAGAAGGACAAGGAAGGAGAAGACGGAGAGGAGAAGAAGGAAGGAGAGGAAGGAAAGGAAGAGGAGGAGAAGGAGUUCUUUGGUAAACUGGAGUACACACUGGACUAUAACUUUACUGAUAACCAGCUGAUAGUUGGCAUCCUCCAGGCUCAGGACCUCCCAGCUAUGGACCUAGGCGGAACCUCAGACCCCUAUGUCAAAGUCUAUAUGCUACCAGACAAGAAGAAGAAGUUUGAGACCAAAGUCCAGCGCAAGAACCUCUGCCCUGUCUUCAAUGAGACUUUCACCUUUAAGAUACCCUAUAGUGAGUUGGGUGGUCAGACUCUGGUGCUCCAAGUUUUUGACUUUGACCGUUUUGGCAAACACGACGUCAUCGGCGAAAUCAAGAUCCCCAUGAACAGUAUAGACCUCGGACAGCCGAUACAUGAAUGGAAGGAUCUGGUCGGAGGAGAAAAAGAGGAGCAAGAAAAAUUGGGUGAUAUCUGUAUUUCCCUUCGAUACGUCCCCACGGCCGGUAAACUAACGGUUAACAUCAUGGAAGCCAAGAAUCUGAAGAAGAUGGAUGUCGGAGGACUGUCAGAUCCCUUUGUUAAGGUGGUGCUGCAGCACAACGGCAAGCGACUCAAGAAGAAGAAGACAUCCGUCAAGCAAAACACUCUGAAUCCUUACUUCAAUGAGAGCUUUAGCUUCGAGAUCCCCUUCUCUCAGAUCCAGAAAAUCCAGGUGCUGAUCACCGUCUACGACUACGACAAGCUGGGCAGCAAUGACCCCAUCGGCAAGUGCUGGAUCGGCUACGGUGCCUCGGGCGUCGGGCUGCGACAUUGGUCAGACAUGUUGGCCAAUCCCAGACGUCCUGUGGCCCAGUGGCACACGCUGCUGCCGGAAGAGGAGGUAGACGCUGCUCUGAAGGCCCCCAUCCGUUAAACACAUAAACAUACCCAUCAUCUGCGUAGAAGGGUUAUCCUUUCAUUCAACCAACAACUGUAGUACUUGUAAUACUUUAUAACAUGCAUCAUUAUUCAUACAGUACCGAUGAAGGCAUAUAUUUAUGCAGUGGCUUAUUUCAUCUGCAAAUUUACACUAAAUGACUCACCAAAUAACUGACAACCAAAGUAAAAAUCAAAGAGGUACUUCAGCAAUUUUGUCUUUGGGAGUCUCACAAGAAGACAUUGUCGGGUUUUUUUUGUCUCAGAUGUUGGAAAGAUAUCCUGCAAGCUAGAAGCUUUAUGACAUGCUACCUAAACUUGAAAGUAAAUCUUGCACAGCGUCCCUUUUAUUGACUCGACCACCUUUACAUUACUGACCUCCACUUGUGUGAGCAACAUCUUGGUUGUUAAAAAGAUUUAAAGAUCUUUUUUUGAAGCAUCAGUAUUCUGAUGUAUUGAUAUAUAAUUUUGAUACUGUGGUAUGAUUAGAAAAAAAUAUAAUCAGUAGAAUCUGUUUCACUCUCUUUGCUUUGUUAGUAUGUAAGAAACCUUGUUGCUUCCAACCCUUCUCUGGACUGUUUUACUGUGAGCCAUAGACUGCCUAUAGAAGGUGGAAAAAAAUCACCCAUUGGUUUAUUAACUACCGUUCUGAAGCCUCGCAAGGGGUGGAUCUUACUGGGAAUUUACAGACAUUACACACACCGAUGUGGCAGCAACUUGUCGGUCAAAAGGUAGCCCUGCUUUAAAACAUACCCUGCUUUAUUGCCUAUUUUAUUAAAAAUGCGAACAUAAAUUACAAAAUGAGCAUCAUGCUGUAUUGAAGGAGACUUGAAACUAGAAAUUGAGACCAAAAACUCCUUUGUAAAAUGUUUACUGAGGUUAUAAAUCAAGUGAGAAGUAACAUCAUUUUCUCAGAGGUUUCUUGACGGUCAGACUUCUUUUUGAAGUCAGAGUCGCCCCCUGCUGGCUGUUAAAAGAAUGCAGGUUUAAGGCACAUUCACUUGGGCUUCUCUUUUCUGAUACAGAGAAAAAGCCCAUCGUUUAUAUACACUCUAUGCUGAAAGCUGGAUUUUUAUUCUGUCAUUCAGACCACUGUAAUCAGCAACAAGAAUGUUGUUUAACUGAGCUAGCAAGCUAAUCUCUGAGCAUACUAAUCGGUUAUUAUAUUUACUACCACUGGUUCUGCAAACUGUUUCUGUUUAAUGAGAUUGUAUUUAAAAGCAUUCUAUAAUCAGCACAUUUCAGUAGAUAUCUGAAAUGUUGUUUGCUGUCUAACAGUUGAAAUGGCCUUGAGCUUAUUUGAUUUUUCUGUGCACAUCUAUAGACUCAAUAUCUCUGUUUCUGUAGUGAAAAAUGCUGAUAAGUGCAACAGAAUCUGAGGGGAAAAUGUGUGGUAGAAGUGUAGAAAUUUUAAAGAAUUAAACUAAUCUCAAGGGGCACUUACAUGGACUUCAAAAUCUGAUGACACUUGAGUGGAUUAAUGUGUUACGGUACAAGUAGAUGAUCUAACAAGGCUACCAAAAACCAGCUUAUGAAGCCUGAUGCCUUCCGUUGUCUCUUUAGAGGGUGUCCCUAAUAUUUUGACUCAAAAGUCUUUUUUUGUUUGAGUAAUACUGAAAUACAGUUGCUGAGCUUAAGUGUGUAUCUUCUCUAGUUCCUCAUGUCUUCCUCUUGUUUACCUCGAUAACUCUCACCUCCCAAACAACUGAAACUCCAUUUCUCCAGUGAAAUUUAUGUUGUGUAGUUGCAUGUUUUUAUUAUUUCUGUCUCUUUGUGUCUGCUUCCAUGUUUGGAUGAGAGAACGUCCUGCUCGGGAUGUGUGUGCUGAGUGUGCGUAUUGAUGCGUGUGCGUGUGUGUGUGUGUGUUGUGUAUUGUGACAAAUGGAUUUGUGAUUUCACUCUUAAUGCAUAUUAUGUGGUUGUAAAUAAAUAGCAGAAUAAAUAAAGCAUUUCCAAACAACAA